CGUCCUCACUGAACGAGCAUAGCAAGCGAUAAAGAUAUGGUGAAGAGGUGUGUUUUGGGUUGUUACCCGCAUAAAACCUUAUUCCCUUUUCCUAAAAUACCCUGGUUGCGAACCCGCUGGCUUGAAUUUCUGCAUUUUGAGGAAGGAGGAAUAUCUGAGAGCUCGCGUUUGUGUGGCAGGCAUUUCGCUCCUGAAUGCUUCACAAAUUUAAAGCAGUACGAAAUGGGGUUCUCAGACUUUCUGUACUUGAUAGAUACGGCUGUCCCGACAGUAUACACCGUUGGUCCGUCGCAAAGUUUGAAGCCACUGACACGAGAGGUGGGCUGCCAAUGUCAUGGUCCACUUUUGAAGAAUGCUUCUGUGCAAGCAAUACGCAUGCAGAAAAAGCCAAAAAUACGAAGCAAAGCGAUUCAAGUGAAACCUCUUGUGAGUCACUGUGCUAGCAUGUCCUGCUCCGAAGAGGACUUUGCUGUUAGUCCCAAACCUCCAUUCACAUUAUUACCAAUUAAAAGGCCACGUAUGGAGGAAAGCACCUUUGAGUCCACCAAGGGGUCCUGGUCACAUCGCACAGAGAAACCAACAGAUUCCACCUUCCAAAUGCCCACUGUCAAACAAGAGGAUGAUGUAAAGCUUGAGCCCUGUGAGUCUUCGUACAUCGUCGUCACCAUCUGAAUCCUCCAUUUCGUCAUCUGCAGAGAACAGAAUCUGGCCAGCACAGGAGGGGACAAGAGACAGAGAGAAUUUGACUAAUAAACCUGUUUUUUUUUUUUUAUUAAAAAAAAUCAGGUGACAUAGAUUACGUUUCUUGUUGAAUACAUCCUAAACCAUUCUCCCAAAACAAAAUGUGUAAAUAGGGCUGAGUAGCUUUAUUUACACAUAUAACCCAUGAUGGGAGAUCUUCGAAGAGAGGACUACAAUCACUUGACCAAACCAUCUUGACACAGAUCAUCAGAUGCAUCAACAUAUUUAUAUUUGACACCUAAAAGUGGCAUGUGGGUGGAGGUGAUAAGCACCACGUGGCCUGUCUUGUUCAAACCAUUAAUUUUUCAACAUUUCCUGCUCAAAUUGCUUGCAUUGUGUCAAAUCUAGUGUGUUAAAAGGUUUUGUGAAUUGAGAAGGAUGCACAUUUAUUUAAUAGAUGUAAAACGCUAAGGCCAAUUAAUGAGAGAAUGUCAACACCACAGAACUUUAAAACAUUAGAAACAUGAGUAACAUGAAAAUGAUGUGUACCUAGAGUUCAUAACCGGAUGUGCUAAUGUUUUGCAUGCCGGAACAAUCAGCGUAGACCAUUCUCAAAGACACGCCUGCUUCAUUAGAUUGCAAACUUACUGGCUGAAGUGUUAUGGAAAGAUUAUAAGAUUAUUGUCAGUGAGGAUCAGCCAAACAACUUCUGUAACUAGCAUGAAAAAUAAAGUGGUGUAUAAGGAGGUCCCAUUUAAAA